ACCUUCCGGCCCAGGUCAGGACACCACCCCGCGCCGCGUUCACCGCCCGCGGCCCCGCCCCGCGCCGGAACGUCACAAAACGACCCCAAAGCCCGGGGGCCGGGCCGGUGGCGGCGCAGCACAGCUUUGGCUGCCUCCCUGCGCACAGCGUCUGCGGUGCUGGUGGAGCUGGGGCGACGGCGGCGGCCUCGGGGUCGAAAGUGCCCAGGACUGUGCGCUCGGCCACUCCAUCCCGGCGGCGGGGGCGGUAGGCGGGGCCGGGACGGGGACUCCAUUUCCCGGCGUGCCCCACGGGCGGGCGCGCAGGCGGAGGUCGGGCCUGGCCGCGGCGCGCAGGCGCAGUCCGGGCCCGGCGAGGCGCGCAGGCGCAGCGGGGGGCGGGGCGCGCGGGCCGGGCUGAGGCGGGCGCCGGGUGGUCUACGGCGGCAGAGCUGGUGGAGCGCUCGGGGUCCCCGGGCGGCGGCGGCGGCGCAGAGGAGGAGGCAGGCGGCGGCUCCCCCCCGGCCGGCGCGCGGCCCGGUCCGUCUCGCGAGCUCGCGGUGGUCCCGCCGCCCCGCGCGGCGCCGACCCCCGGCUCCUCCGCCGCCGCCGCCAUGGCCCGGCCGCUGGUUCCCAGCUCGCAGAAGGCGCUGCUGCUGGAGCUGAAGGGGCUCCAGGAGGAGCCGGUCGAGGGCUUCCGCGUGACCCUGGUGGACGAGGGCGACCUGUACAACUGGGAGGUGGCCAUCUUCGGGCCCCCCAACACCUACUACGAGGGCGGCUACUUCAAGGCACGCCUCAAGUUCCCCAUCGACUACCCGUACUCUCCACCGGCCUUUCGGUUCCUGACCAAGAUGUGGCACCCUAAUAUCUAUGAGACGGGGGAUGUGUGCAUCUCCAUCCUCCACCCCCCAGUGGAUGACCCCCAGAGUGGGGAGCUGCCUUCGGAGAGGUGGAACCCCACCCAGAAUGUCAGGACCAUUCUCCUGAGUGUCAUCUCCCUCCUCAACGAGCCCAACACUUUCUCGCCCGCCAACGUGGACGCCUCCGUGAUGUACAGGAAGUGGAAAGAGAGCAAGGGGAAGGAUCGGGAGUACACGGACAUCAUCCGGAAGCAGGUCCUGGGGACCAAGGUGGACGCGGAGCGUGACGGGGUGAAGGUACCCACCACGCUGGCCGAGUACUGCGUGAAGACCAAGGCGCCGGCGCCUGACGAGGGCUCGGACCUCUUCUAUGACGACUACUACGAGGACGGCGAGGCAGAGGGGGAGGCUGACAGCUGCUUCGGGGACGACGAGGACGACUCGGGCACCGAGGAGUCCUGACACCGCUCAAAUAAACACGCAGAGUUCACCUCACUAGGGCCGGACCGUAUGGAUCCUUAGACCACAGACUACCUCACAGAGGUUUUGUGCUCCUUCUCUGGUUGUUUUGUUUGGCUCUUUUUCUCCUUCCCAUGUUUGUUCUGGGUUUUCAUGUGCUUCAGAGAAGAGGGGCUGCCCCACCGCCACCCACGUCACUCGGGGCUCUGUGGACGGGGGCCCAGCUUGGGAGUGGCCAGCCCACCUGUCCUCUCGGGAGGGGAACAGAGUCCCGGCCUCUGCCCAGGCGCCACGGCUUCCAGACUGGCUGCAGCCCAGAGGAGUCACAGGGAGCGCAGCAGGGAACGUGGGUGGGCGGCUGCCGGCCUGAGGGUCCCGGCCCAGCGUGUCGGCCCCAGGGCCCGGAGCCACAUCCCAGUGCAAGUGGACAGAUUCGUGGUGGCCAACUCUUCUCUCUGCUUUGGUUUGUGUGGAAUCUAAAUAAAACUACUUUAUGAGAA